AUGUGGCUUGACCUUUCAGAUAAUGCUUUGGAGGUGAUUUCUUCUACUUUUGGAAAUUUAUCUCUUGAAUAUCUAGACUUGUCUUUAAUCAAGUUUGAAGGUUCAACUUUUCCAGAAUUUGGUGCUUUCAAGAGCCUCAAAACAUUGAACCUUUCCAAUAACAUGCUGGUGGGAGAGUCCAACGCUGACUCUGACCUCCUCGUCGCCUUCAAGACUGGCGCCGAGCUCCUCUACGAGAUCCGCCUCCUUAGUGCCUUCCAGUGCAUCACCGUCGCACGCUUUCUCGUCGAGAAUCGGUGUGACGGGAAGGCUACGCAGGAGCUUGCACGUGCAAUGAAGGAUUUCCCUAGCAGGCACGGGGAUAAGGGGUGGGAGAGCUUCGACUACACUCUCCUCGAAGAUUGUCUUUCUUUUAUGUAUUACCGACAGAGUAGGGAGCACAGGAACCCAUCGAAGCAGAGGACGUCAGUGCUAGAGUAG